UUGCUUAGUGCUCCUUCGCACCAAAAAUCUGCGGAAUGGAUGGUUUUUUUUUUUGUAAAUUGUUCAGUGUUCGUAAUUAAGUAUAUAAAUGAAAUUCAGAGGUAUGGAUCCCAAUUAAAACACAUAAUAACGGGUUCUUACCGCGUUUAAAGUAGGGAUAUGAGAUAUUUCGUGGAUAUGAAUCCCACAGCGAGUCCUACCCUGGACUUAAUAUGCAGCGUGUUGGCUGUGGGUACCACUAAUCCACUGCUUUAUUUUUCAGCCCCUGACUCCAUCUUAUUUCGUAUUUCUGUCCAUGUACAUACUGAUUAUGGUAUUAGAAAUCCUCAUUCCAUGCUGGUUUGGUCAUCAGAUUACUGACAAGAGCGUCCAGCUGGCCGUGACUAUCUACAACUGUGACUGGCCUUCCCGCCCACGUCGCUUCGCGUCAAGUCUGCGACUCUUCGUGGAGAGAGCUCGCAAACCACUCUCCAUUACAGGAUGGAAGAUAUUCCCACUGAUGCUGACCACUUUCACUUCGAUUGCUAAUUCUGCAUACUCCUUCUAUACAUUACUUCGGAACGUGCAGAAUGAAGAAUAAGUCACUGGUUGCACGCAGGGUUGAUUUAAAUCAACCCCGAGUACUUUGUAAUUGGUUACUUGGCAACCUAGUCAAAUAAGAUACUUUUUACGAAACGUCAAAACGAAAGUUUUCUUUGGAGUUGUAUGGAAUCACUGUACUGUGACGUCAUCAAUAAAAGCGGUCAA